AUGACUGACAAAGAUUGGUCACGACAAGAGCCAAGGGCCCAAACAAAGAGGUCCAAAUCUUGGUUCGAUAGUGAUCUGCGCGUAGAGCGGGGGACGGUGUGCAAUAGUGCUCACUGCAGCCCAGUAAAUUAUGGUAUACCGACUAUGACUUAUGUCGCCCGCCCUGCGUUUGGAGUUAAUAUAGAAAGUAUAAUCGCGAAGUGCUGUUAUGAUAUCGCGACGGGUGACAAGCGGCGGCCGACGGUUGCGAGCGAGCGCACGCCCGCGUUCCCCGCACGCCACGCCCGCCUUCCGAGCGCGCGGCGCGGCGGUCCGCUCGAUACGAUCCGGCGUGUGCGC